CAUACAAUUUUUUAUCAGACCAGCAAUUACGUUUAUAUCUACAUUUCUAUUUCAUUUGUGUUCUCACAGUGUUUGCCCGCAGUUUUCAUUUUCGUGUAUUGCAAUGGCUUACUUAUUAAACCCUUAGUAUUUUGUUUAUCUAACGAUAACAACAAAACAAGUCACAACGAUAUAACUAAGUUACAUGACAUUAUAAAUUACCUUAAAAUAUAACCUUAAAAAUUAUUGUUUGAAGAGGUAAACAAAUUGGAUUGAGCGCUAUUUAUAUUUUACUAAAAAUUUCACAUUGGAUCUCAAAACUCAAGUGUAAUCUGCCAAAAUGUUGCCUCUUUCGCUACUACGAACAGCUCAAAACCACCCAAUGCUUGUGGAAUUAAAAAAUGGCGAGACCUACAACGGUCACCUUGUUAGUUGCGACAAUUGGAUGAAUAUAAAUCUCAGAGAAGUGAUUUGCACAUCAAGAGACGGUGAUAAGUUUUGGAGGAUGCCCGAGUGUUAUAUCCGGGGUAGUACCAUCAAGUAUUUGAGGAUUCCGGAUGAAGUUAUCGAUAUGGUUAAAGAAGAGACUCAAGUUAAAGCUAGAGGUCGCAGUGAAAUGUCUAAAGGACGAGGUGGCGGUCAGAAUAUGCGGUCUGGUCGAGGUGGAGCUAGAGGCGCGUUCGGAAACCGAGGCAGACCGGCGCCGUUGGCAAGAGGAGGCGGGAACACUGGAAGACCACAGAAUAAAAAUAAAAAGUGAAUAGGCUAUGUUUAUUUAAUAAAUUAAUUUUUUGGUAAGGUA